AUGCGCAAAUUUGUCUGCGCUUGCCUCUACGUUUUUUACCGCUGGUCACGGAAGUACCGAAAUAACAAUAUGGCGUCCAGUAGGGCAGCGCUUUCGUCGUCUCAAUUCACUCCAACUCAACCGAGGCUUCAUGGUGCCUGUAUUCUUCCCGGACACAUUCUUGUCAAUGAAAGAUUUCAUGAAAGUGACGUUGUGAAAACCCUACAAGGUAACGACUCGAAUGUUUUUUUAGUUUAAUAUUAAUGGUUCGCGGGUAUUUCGCGCCAAAAUUUAAAAAUGUAAAAACAACAUGGAUGAAAUUCACGUCUGCUGAUGUUUCUCAUCCCCUUUUAGCUUACAUUCGCAGCACUAUAAUAACCCAGAGAUUAAUGCAGUUUAGAAUCAGCCAGGAAGCUUUUAUUAAUUUAUUUCACAUGGAAUUGUUUGACUUUUUUUCAGUCAUAAUUACUUAGGUGAUUGAAUGUAAAUGGCCAAUGGACUAGUAUUUUGAUUGUUGGAAUGAAUGGUUAAGAAAUAAUUGGCUGAUUGACUUUCUGAAUUAUGCAACGAAUCAACUAGUGGGUUAUCUUCAUGAGUGAUUAAAAUUGCUGGUAGAUUUACAGAAUGAUUUACUGCAUACCUGCCUGCCUGGAUGACUGACUCAGUAACUUAUCACCUAACUGACUGUAUGACCAAUUAACAGAAUACCUGGAUGGCUCACUGAUUGUCUGACUAACUUACUUAUUUAUGAACUAAUUGACUGGCUGGUUGGCCCACUGACUUACUGACUGUCUGAUGGACUUACUGCAUAAUAACUUGCAUACUGACGGUCUGUGCAAUUGACUCUUUGAUUGACCAAAUGCCUGGCUUAUUAAGUUACUGCUAAUCAGACUAACCUUUAGGCUGGCUGACUGACUGACUUACUACCCAACUGUAAGUGACUGACUGACCCCAAAGGGUGACUAGCAUGUGAUUUCUCCCUACAAUAUCACCCCUGAAUCAAACAUUAAGGUAACAAGAAUAAAGGAAAUGAUCACUAACUAAAGAAGCUCUUGAUUGUUAAACAAAUUCUCCUUGUCAGCAACCUAAGAAAUGUAUAGAGAACAGUGUGGAGAAUAUGCAUAAUGAUGUUAGGGUGUAAAGGGUUAACUGACUGCCUGUCUAUGUGACUGAUAGACUGACUGAAUAGUACCAGUAACUUGCAGGCUGACCAACAAACAGAGAAAUUUACUUAUUGACUAGCUGAAUAACCAAUCCUUUAAGUGAUAUCUUGACAGAAAAUCAUGUGAACAUUCAAAUGGAUGACUGCAUGGGAGUGGUGGAUUUCAACCCAUCAUCAGAUGUUGGUGUGGUUUAUCUCUCUGAAGCAGAUCUGGUUGGUGGAUACAAUUACAAAGAGAAACUGCUCAAAUUUGGAAAGGUAUAACAGUAUUAUUAUUUAACAUUAUCUAAAUAAUAAUAAUAAUAAUAAUAAUAAUAAUAAUAAUAAUAAUAACAAUGAUCUAGCAGUGGAAAAUCCACAAGGCUCUUCCAGUCCACUGUUCCAGGUCAAAUUGGAGUUUGGAAUGUUGGUUUUUGCUGAGGGAGAAAAACUGGAUGACCCAGAGAAAAACCCUUAGGGCAAGGAUGUGAACCAACAACAAACUCAACCCACAUGUGACAUCAGGUCCUGGAGGUGAACCCAGGCUACAGUUGUGGAAGGGGAGUGCUCUCACCACUGUGCCAUCCCUGCUGCCCCUAAAUAUUUUAUUCAGGAUAUCAUUUGGACAGGAUGCUAUUAAUUUCACAAAAUGAAAUGCCAUUCCUUUGAAUUUCAGGCAUCAUUCAGAAAAGUAAUAAUUGCUGAAAAGACAUCACUUAGCUCUCAGUACUUUUAUGAACUUCAGAAGUUCAUUGUAAUGGAGAGAGGACUGGUACUUCUUCCUGUAGCAUCACCUGUUGAAGCUGGCAGAAUCUUAGCUCAAAUGGUGAGUUACUAGGAAGGAAGGGCUGGGUCAAAUAUUACAUGACUGUAGGGAGAGUUGGGAAAUCAACAAAAUUGUAACUUUUUUAAAGGCCAAGUUACCCUUUGUUUGUCCUGGUAAUUGCAAUGUUUGAUGCGCACUGCAUCCUUAACUGAAAUAUCAGUGUAGGUAUAAAUUUUAAACCUGUUGGUGACUGGAGAUAACUUUCCUUUAAUCUGUACAUGCAAUUGCUAUUUAUUGUGUAAAAUAAGAGAUUGAAAACUGUGUUUUGAUUUGCUAAGAGGUCCAAAACAUCUUUCCAGGUUUUGUUGGAAAGUAAACCCCAAAGCAACCCUUACCGCAUUAAGAUGAAACCACAAGCCACAGAUCAAGCUGUACUUACAACUCUACAGAAUGUACCAGGAGUAGGACAGAAAAAAGCUGUGGCCUUAUUAUCUAAAUUCAACAGUAGGUAUUUUCUGGCUUCUUAGUGUUAUAACAAAAAUUUUUGAACUGGUUUUCUCUUAAUAUGUGCAAUUUAGGAUUUUUCAGGAAAAAAACAACAUACAGUAAUAAUAGCAUGUUUUAGCAACAACAAAAGCAAUCUCUGAUUUUACCCAAUUUUCUUGUAAUCCUCAAACUACCCUUAAUAAAAAAAGUAUUGUUCACAGCUGCUACACCUAUUUUCACAUUCAUGCAUACAGUGUAAAUGUUGAGAGCAGAUGGCAUUUUGUUCAAUUUUUGUCAUUUGUACUUUGUGGUAAAUGUCAUGCCUUGCCUCUUUAAUAUCUUGAAAUAGUAAACACUUUCUUUGAUCCCAAAAACCUGAAAGGCUGAACAGUAUAAAUAAUGCUCUCAUAGAGCACUUAUUGGAAAAAAAAAACAUGUUGCUUUUCAAUACACAAAUUAACUUAAAACUUUCUCCAUUUUGGUUUUUAGGUAUUGAACAAAUCUGUAAAGCUUCAGUUGCAGUAAGUUACAUGAUCACUUGUUAGUUUGAUUUGAAUUAUUCUCGAACACUUUGUUGUGUAAACUAUGAGUGGCGCAGGAGCAGUACAUUGUUUUUAAGUUUUUUAUGUUAAAUUUGGGAUGUCUGUACUGUUGCAGUUUCUGAUCAUAAUAUGUAAUAACAUUUGCUCUGAGAUAUUAAUAUAUAAUGUACAUUUUGUUUCAGUCUCUUGCCACUGUGGUGGGUAAUGCAAAUGCGCUGCAAAUAAAAGACUUUUUUUCAGCUACAAAUGCAAGGAAACAAUAGGAGAAAUAGUGUAGUGUAGGUUUUAGAAUAAAACAAGAUUUAGAAGAAGGCUGAAGAAUUUUGUAAAGAGAAUGUUUAUUCUUGUGUGAUCAAUCAUCUUUAUCUAAUAAAAAUCAUCACAAACUGGUUACCCCCAACAAAACAGACUUUGCAUUCAGUAAGUUCAUUCAUAGCUCACAAAGGUAGGCAAGAAGAAAAAAUUCUAUGUGGCAAGCUUCAAAGUUUUGAUUGUUUCUUUUCUUGGUCAUACAAUCAUAUAGACAAUUGCCCAAAGAAAAAACUUAUUGUGUAAAAUAAAAUAGAGUUAACCCUUUACCUCUCAAGCUGCUACACAUUUUCUUGUAAAUUAUUUCCAAGAAUUUGGUAUUAGAUCAAGAUAACAAAUUCUACCUGAUAAGUUUGAGUAUUCUCAUUACCUGUUUGCUGGAUAAUGAAUGAUAUUAUAGCAAGAAGUUACAUGUUAAUCACUACUGGGAGUUAAAGCUAACAGUGAUGUAGGUUUGGAACCAGUUGUGAUGUAUAUUGUUUGAGUAAACAUUGGGAGGACAAUUGAAACAGAAGAAUAUCAUCACAAUGUUCACUAGGACAUACAGUAGGUGAGAUAGAUUACAGCCGAAACUAAAAUUAAUGCUGUAACAUUUAUUAUAAAAUAAAUGAAAUACUAAUUGCACUCUCAUUGGUUGAUAGUUGUGUUAAAAUGAAAGUAAGUUUAAAAUGUGAAGAAGUUUUGGGAUUGUAGAUAUUUUUGAGCAACUUGAUAUUUUGUAAAAGUAAUGGAAGACUUUUUAUGUGUUUACGUAGCUCCAUCUAUGCACUCAUGGAGGCCAGGAGAACCCCUUUAACCCUAACAAGC